AGAUUAAAUACAGUGAAAAAGAGCCUCAACUCAAUGAGCCAAUAGUGCCCACCGAAACAUUUUUUCUCACCGAACUAAAACAAAAGCUUAUUUAGCAAACACACACACACUCUCUCCUCUUUCUGUCUAUCAUCUUAAUGGAGGAUUCGCCGAGAUAUAGAGAUGCAUCAACGAAUCUAAUCCAAUCUCCGAGAUGCCAAAACAGCAGCACCACUGAGAGCAACAACAAACCACCCACAACUCCGACACGACACGUAACCACUAGAUCCGAACCGGGAACCCCGUACCCGACAACCUUCGUCCAAGCCGACACAUCUUCCUUCAAGCAAGUCGUCCAGAUGCUAACCGGAUCCUCAGACAGACCCACCUCGUCUCUCAAACCAAACCCGACCCAACAUCCCGACCCGAGAUCCUCUCCGUCUCAAUUCUCAAUCCCUCGAAUCAAAGCCGUGCCAAACAAGAAACACUCUUCCUCAGGGUUCCGUCUCUACGAGCGUCGUAACUCCAUGAAGAACCUCAAAAUCAACCCGUUAAACCCGGUUAACUCGGCUUUCUCGCCCCGGAAACCCGAGAUCCUCCUCUCUCCGAGCAUCCUCGAUUUCCCUUCCCUCGUUCUAAGCCCGGUCACGCCUCUUGUAUCCGACCCGUUUGAUCGAUCCGGAUCGUCGAGUCAGAGCCCGGAAGAGAAAGCGAUGAAAGAGAAAGGCUUUUACUUGCAUCCAUCUCCGGCGACGACUCCGAUGGAUCAGGAGCCUUGUCUUCUUCCUCUCUUUCCACUGUCUUCUCCUCGACUCUCAGCUUCUUCCAUCACUGCUUCUGCUUCUGCUUCUACUUGAUAAUAAUUUUUUCUCUUUUAAUUGUUUUUAAUAUAAUUUUUCUUUUUCCCUUUGUGAUUUUAAUUAUAGUUACUAUAGUGGAAAAUUUGAAAUGAAUUCUGAUGAGAAUUAUAUAAUACGAGAGUAAUUGUAAUACCGAGAUGCUUUGCCAAUCCAAAUGAUUCGGCUUCAAUUGUCCUAUUAUUAAUCUCUUUGAUUUUGGUUU